AUGGCGUCGAAGCUCUUUGGAGGCGGCAAGUCGCCCUUCACACAAACGACAACGAAUGAUAGCGAUAGCUCUCCUUCGCCUCCUGGGUAUGAUAACGAUACCGAGCGAAGAAAUUCUGCCGUGGCUACAGUGACCGGCCUCAAGGACACCACCCACCGAGGACUCAAAGCCCGCCACAUUCAGCUCAUCGGUAUCGGCGGAACGAUAGGAACGGCGCUCUACGUACAGAUCGGUCGGGGCCUCCUGAACGGUGGCCCUGCCAGUCUCUUCAUCGCCUUCACGAUAUGGUGUGCCUUUAUCCUCGCCGUGACCAUUUGCAUGGCGGAAAUGGCAACCUACCUCCCCAUUUCGUCCCCAUUCAUUCGGUUCGCAGGACGCUACGUCGACGAGUCCUUCGGCUUCGCGGCUGGCUGGAAUUUCUUCCUCUUCGAGGCGAUCAUGGUGCCUUUCGAGAUUACUGCCUGUAACUUGAUUAUCCAUUACUGGUCUGAAGCCGUGCCAGCCGGAGGUAUCAUUGCUAUCAUUAUCUGCCUCUACGCCGUCAUCAACGUGACCGCAGUCAAAUGGUACGGAGAGACCGAAUUCUGGGCUGCCCUGGGCAAAAUGCUUCUCAUCAUUGGCUUAAUCAUCUACACAUUCAUCACCAUGUUGGGAGGCAACCCGCUUGGGGACCGUUACGGGUUUCGCUACUGGGAAGACCCCGGUGCCUUCAACUGGUUGUACUACGACAAUAAACUGGGUUAUUUCUUGGGCUUUCUGCAGUGUUUGAUCCAAGCGUCAUUCACCAUUGCCGGACCUGACUAUGUCUCUAUGGCCGCCGGAGAAGCAGAGAACCCUCGUGUCGUCAUGCCCAAGGCCUACAACGCUGUCUUCUACCGCCUGACCGCCUUCUUCGUCCUCGGCAGUCUGGCAGUCGGCAUCAACGUCCCCUUCGACGACCCGACCCUCAUCAACGCCUUCGAGAAAGGCAAGCCAGGCGCCGCCGCCUCCCCCUACGUCAUCGGCAUGAUCCGCUUGAAGAUCCAAGUCCUGCCCGACAUCGUGAACGCCCUGGUCCUCACCUCCGCCUUCAGCGCCGGGCUCAGCUACCUCUACUGCUCCUCCCGCUGCCUUCUCGGCUUGGCGCUCGAGGGCAAAGCGCCCAAAAUCUUCACCCGCACAACCCGCAACGGUGUCCCGGUCUACGCCGUCGGCGUCGUCCUGGUCAUCAGCUUACUAGCUUUCCUGCAAGUCGCCGAAAACACCGCGACGGUCCUGAGCUGGUUCGUCGCCAUCAUCACCGCCUCCCAGCUCAUCAACUUCUCCUGCAUGUGCUACACCUACAUCCGCUGGUUCAACGCCCUCAGAGCCCAAGGCAUCGAUCGCCGAACCCUGCCGUACCGGGGGUGGUUCCAGCCGUACGCUGCAUACACGGCGAUGAUCGGAUGUAUGGUCAUGACGCUCGUGGGAGGGUACAAUGUCUUCCUUGAUGGGUACUGGGAUACCGCUAGCUUCGUCUUCGCCUACUUCUCCGUCGCCCUCUUUCCCGUCCUCUUCAUCUCCUGGAAAGUUAUCAAGAAGACCAAGUGGCGGAAGCUAGACGAGAUCGAUCUCAAGGGCGAGGUUGAGGAGAUCGAACAUUACACACAGAAUUUCUUGCCAACUCCGUCAAAGAAUGCGUUCGAUAAGUGGUUCAACAUCAUCUUCGGCGGCGUCAACUACGACAAAGACCUCAAGCGGAUGCGCGAGGAGGGCAGGUUGCCGGAGGGCUACCUUGAUCGCUUUGACAAGAAGGAGUAG